AUGGGUUUCGAACAAUUCAAUGAUUACAGUGAGACGCAACAACAGCAGCAACAACAGCAACCACCACUCUAUGGCUUCUCACAAAUGAACACACAACCAGUUAUGGUUCCGGUUGGUAUGGUCGAUUCUUUACCAUAUAAUUUCCAACAACAACAAAUGCAACAACAACUCUAUCCACAAAUGCAAAUACAAAUGCAAAUGUCUGGUCAACCCGCUCAACCACCACAAUUUGAAACCGCAACAGAUUUAAAGCGUUGUCUCAAAUGUACAAAAAUCUAUUAUCACAUGGAUUCAUUCAAUAAUCAAGCUUGUUCAUAUCAUCGUGAUAACUAUGUUAAAGGUGAAGAAAGAUGGUUAUGCUGUAACCGUGUAGGUAGAGAAGCAUCACCAUGUUUUUCAACUUAUCAUGUCGAAGAUGAAAACACAUCGCAGAUUCUUCGUUCAAUGACCAUUCCAAAACCAGAUGUAGUCCAACAGAACAAUCCAAUCUAUCAGAAUUUGAAUUUCGGUUAUGUUGGUGCUGAACGUAUUCUCUACGAAGGUGUUCUCAAGAAGCAAGGUAAACGUCUUGGUUUCUGGGAGAAGCGUAGAUUCAGACUUACUUUUAGCUCACUGAUAAAUUACUAUGACGAGACUGACAAGACAGUUCAUCGUGUCUUCCAGUUGGCCGACAUCACCAUUUCAUUCAAGAGAAUGUCUACCGACGAUGGUGAUCGCAUCUGUUUGGUCAUCAACGAUGGUCAACGUAAUCACAAUCUCUACUCACCGGUGACCGACCAAACCGAAGCAUGGAUCGAUUCACUCCACACUCAAAAGAAAAUCUACUUGCAAUCGAUUAGCAACCAACGUUUCCUCCACUCUUCGAGUCCGGGUAUGGCUUCGUUCUCUCCACCCAAUCCACAUCAAUUCCUCUCUCACUAUCCCCCAUUGCAAAUGAGCAAUCACAUGAGCAGUGGCAACCUCAACAACAUCAUGAGCAAUGCCAACUUGAUGAACAGCCAGUCGAUGCAAGCACAACAGUUUGCUCCACAGCAAUUGGGUGCCUCCAAGCAAGAGCCUUUCCCAAUCAUCAACAACUACUUCCCACAACCACCAGCUCAACCACAGCAACCCAUCACAACCUCUGACAAAGUCCAAUGGAUUCAACACCGUGUUCAAGUAUCCGACACACUUGCCGGUUUGGCCAUCAAAUACAAUACCACUAUCGACAUCAUCAAGAGAACCAACUUGAUCAAGAACGAUACUUGCAUCACCCAUCAAACCCUUCUCGUUCCAGUUUCGGGUCCGAUCAACAUGACCACACAGGCACCAAUCCCCCAAACCGAAGAAGAGAAACGUAGAAAGAUGAUCCAGCUCUUUGCCGUCUCUGAGAACAUCUCCAAAGAGGAGUCUCGUUCCUAUCUGGUCAACAACGACUGGGAUAUAACCAAGGCACUGAGAGAGCUCAAGGAUGAUCUCGAUUGGGAACACUCCCAUCCCUUUCUUGCCGAGGGCUUUCUUCAAUAUUAA